AAGGCUGUCUCUUCGCUCCGAUUGGUGGAUUACACAUGAGCACAGGCUCUUAACCAAUCCUAUCGCAGGAGGCGGGAUUUCUCAGAAUACGGGUGAGGAAAAAUAAAGCAUUCGAGGGAACUCGAGAAAGAAGAUGGCUGCGAAAGGGGAACGGGAUUGAGCUAUAGUACAGUCCCGGUACUGCAGCAAACGGAAAGAGAAACCAGUGGCGUUUCUCAUGUUGUCUUCCUCUUUCGUUAGGUGUUCUAGAGAAGGACUCGACAGAGAAGAGAAGAGAAGAGAAGAGCCGAGACGCCUGGUUGUGGCUAACUGCAGAGCCAGGACUAGCUAACAGUUAUUUCUUCAAUAUUAUUGGCACCCCCAGUGAGCCUGUCUACGAGGAAAGCAGCUUUAAUCAGGAAGACUGACUGUCGAAGGUUGGAAGAGUGUGCUCUGUGAAGCUCUGUCCCGGACGAAUCAGAAGAAGAAGAUUUUCUACCACAGGUCUCCCGCUCUGUUGCAGGAACUAUGGAGCGUUAGCUUUCUAGGCUUACACGGUGCUCCAGGUAUGGAGUGGUGUCGGCUACAGACCGGAUGACAUUGCUGAACUGUCUCAGUCUCCACAUUCUGACCGCCCUGUUACCGUGACAACCCUCGCUGAGGACACCAGCGGGACUCCGCCCUUUUUAUGCUCUCACCUCCCAUUCUCUCGUGUGCACCUGUACACCCUCUGUCUUUGGCAGUUGUGUAUUACUUGCUCCCUUCCUUCCCCUCUUUCCCUCUCCUCUCCUCUCCUUUCUUCUCUUCUUCUUUUCCCUUCCUCCUCCUUCUCUUUCUUCCCUCCCUUUCUCUCCUCCGAUCUUUUCCCUCUGUCGUGGAAGAGCCCCAGCUCGGGAAUUCCGACCCUAGGCCGAGAAGCUAAGAUGAGCUGGCUGAGUCGUAUAACUCCCAGGGGUCCGGACGGGCGGAACAGUCGGAACGUCGCCCCGUCCAGCCCGUGCACCGCCGACCCCGAGACAUGCCUGAUGGUGUUUGAGAACCAUUGGAGACAGGUGUCGUGGGUAUUGGAGCAGAGGGACUCCGUGGCUGGGGCAGCUGAUGAUUUGACCGCAGUGAGGAAUCACACUGAUCAAAUGCUGUGUCUACUGGCAGAGGAAAGACCAGCAGGGGGCGACAGGGAUCCACCAGCUUUGGGUCCUAUUUUGGAGCUGGUGGUGUCUGAGAACAUCCUGGAGCGACUGGUACAGUGGCACGUACGCCGUGGUCUCGACCCUGACAGCCAAACAGCUCUGCUAAAGCUCUUUGAAAUGCUGAUUGGCCAAUCCCCUCAGCCCUUGCUCCAGAACAGUGCCGUGCUGCAGCCUCUGCUCAUCCUGCUGGGAGCCUGUGUAGACCCUCAGCUCGGCUGUCCUCCUAACCUGGAGGCCAGCCUCGUACUGCUGCUCAACCAGGUUUGUGUGUCCAUGGCGAGGCAGCCUGCUGUGUUGGAGCUGUUGUUCCGGUGCGGUACGAUACAGCAGGGUCCCACAAACCUGCUGAUCUUCUCUCUCCUGGUACCGUUUAUCCAUCGAGAUGGAGCUCUGGGUCAACAAGCUCGUGACGCCUUGCUUCUGGUCAUGGCGACCUCCGCUAGCAACCACGCCGUGGCCCGCUACAUCACCGAGAACUCCUACUUCUGUCCGGUGCUAGCGACGGGCCUGAGCGCUCUCUAUUCCUCUCUGCCACGGAAGAUUGAGGUGCGUGGUGAUGACUGGCAUGCUCUACGGAGGGAGGACUGGAUGGGCGUGUCAUCUCUGGUCCUCUUCAUGAACAGUCUAGAGUUCUGUAACGCCGUGGUACAGGUGGCACACCCACUCGUCCGCUGCCAGCUAAUCGACUACCUCCACAAUGGCUUCCUGGUACCAGUCAUGGGUCCUGCCCUGCACAAGUCAUCUGUGGACGAAAUGAUCGCAAGUACGGCGUAUCUGGACCUUUUUCUACGAAGUGUCUCGGAGAAGUCGCUCCUCAAGACCUUCCUUCGCUUCAUACUGCUGCAUCGUCAUGACAACGACACCAUCCUCGAUACACUGCUCACACGCAUCAGCAGCAACUCACGGCUAUGCAUGGUCUCUCUCAGUCUCUUCAAGACUUUGCUCUCCCUCAACUGUGAAGACCUCAUGCUCCAGCUCGUUCUCAGGUAUCUGCUGCCUUGCACACACGUGAUGCUGAGUCAGCGGCGCGCAGUCCGAGAGACCGACCUCUACGGCAAAUCAGCCGAUAAGUUCCUGUCUCUCAUCCCAGAAUGCUGUCGAAUCACCACAGCAGCCUGUAAUGAAAGGGAGGAGGAACCUGUCUUCUGGGGCAAGGUGUUGGGUAGCCCUACUUCAGAGUCUCCCGUUCACACCAAGCCCAGCACUCCAUCCCGCUUGGCUCUCUUCAUUCGGCAGCAAAACACAGGCAACCCGUCCUCCACCGCUGCUUCUGACAACACUCCCUCCUCUCCUCGGGGCAGCAUUUCCACACCAGCCCCCAACAGUCCCAUGCAUCAGCCUCCAGAUGCUUCAGAAGCUGAGUCUGGUUACCUGGAGUACCUCAGAGAUGCACGGCGGGGCAUCGAGCUCUGCUCGUGGGCCUGUCGGGACUGGUCGGCACCUUACGAUGGGGAAAACCCUUCCCCCAAUUCGGCGCCACCUCCACCACCGCCUCCCUCAUCCAACCCAUCUCUCAAUAUGGUGCCUGAGCACUUCUCCAUGCAGCAAACCGGGCUUAAAGACAUCCAGCAAAGGGCGGCCACGGUGGCAGCAGCGCGUGCGGAAUGGAGCAGCUCCGAUCGAAACAGUGGAGAGUGGGAUGUGACAAUCAGUAAGAACUGCAUCAGCCUCACACCUCGCAGCAAGAAACGGAGCCUGUUGCCCAGUUCUGUCUCUCUGCAGCCGUCAUCAUCGUCCUCGUCCUCAUCAGCGGUUCCCCCAUCAGGACCAGGAGAACCUGCAGGGCACCAACCACACACACUUCCACACCGAGCACUCUUUAACGGCACUGGACAGGCGGACGAGUGUGCGGAUAUGUCUGACAGAGGGAUGGAGGUGAAGAAGGUAAAGAGAGAUGCAGAUGCUAGUGGAGGAGUGGAAGAAUUAGGCGUGAAUGGAAGGGUGGGGAUUGUAUCUCCAGAAUCCAGUCUUCCUUUGCAGAGAGAGUACAGUUCGGUGACGAAGCCAUCUCAGGUGCAAUCUACUACGCUUCCACAGCCACAGACAAGCCCAGCUGGCUUACAGUCCUCAUCCCAGGAGUGUAGCUCCAGCGAGGGAAAAAGAUCUACUCCAGCCUCGAGCUCAGCUGAAACUUUCAUCACCACGAGCUGCAGUAGCCCGGGACCGGAGUCGGUCGAGAGCCUGAUCGACGAGCUGCUAGAACAAGCGCCGUCUGAACCGCUGUCCGAAGACGCCAACGGCCAGGGCAUCAGCAUCGAAGCCUUCCACCAAGAGCUAAGAGAACUAGAAGAGCGAGUAAAGGGAAGGAGAGUUCCCAAACGAAGCACUGACGAGUUCAUACAAGAUCCGUUAUCUAAUCCCGCUGAUCCGAACCGGCCCGAUGAGGAGUGCCCUUCGUUGGACACCGAGCAGGGAACUGAAGAAUCAAAGCCUGAAAGCUCCACUCCAGCCAUGUUUAGCCCAGCACGACCCCUCGGACAACCUCAAGCACAACCAUACAUAGGUCCCUUUUUGACGGUGCUCUUUUCGAAGCUGGAGAACAUGGUACAGAAUUCCUUGUACGUGAACGUUCUGCUGACGGGCAUCGUGUUUCAGCUCGCCUGCUACCCUCAGCCUCUCCUCCGCUCUUUCCUCCUGAACACAAAUAUGGUGUUUCAGCCUAGUGUCAAGUCUCUCAUACAGGUGCUCGGAUCUGUAAAGAACCGUAUUGAAGCAUUCGCUGCAGUGCAGGAGGACUUUCCAGCUAUGCUGAGGAAGGCUCGGCGCUUUCUCGUCACGCGAGGCAAACUAGACUGGACGGAGUCGAACGCGGGAGUACCCCCUCUGCGUCGAUCGGACUCGAUGGUGAAGAGUCGGAAGCCGUCACUGGGCGAGCUGAUACUGAGGCAUACCAACAGUCCGACGCGGGCACGUCACGCAGCUCAGGCGGCUCUGGCACACGUGAGGGACGGUAGCCAUUCUCUACACAGUGCUCUGUUCCGCGGCGUGGUGGCCGGACCUGGGGCUUCCAGCCUGGAGAAACAAGCAGAGGCGCUGCGGGUAAAGAACACGGUUUACUGUGCUGUCAUAUUCUCCGAAUUUCUUAAGGAGCUGGCAGCUUUGGCACAGGAGCAUGCAGUGGCUAUGCCCUUCCCACCCAGCCAAGGCACCGAGGAGUGACGGGCACCGUACCCAUUCUUCCUACGGUUUUUAAAAGGAAUAAGAAAACUCAGCAAGCGUGUAAGGAUAGGUGUAAUUACAUGUUUAUAAUAAAAACAUUUUUUUUUAAAACUGUACAGGAUAUGUAAGAGCUUAAUUGUUAAAGCUUUAGAAAGUUGUCCAUAUAAAUCUUGUAUAAAUUCUAUAUAAAAUGUGUAUAAUGUUUUUACACGGUAUGCUCAGAGCAGAUCGCUUUAACACGGCUGUACACAGGCACUCCCUAAAGUAAAACGUUGGUGUUAUUUCACUACAUAUCUUUUUCUUUUCUUUUUCUUUCUUUUUUUUUUUUUUUUUUUUUUUUUUUUAAAUGUAGGAGGCAUGCUGCUGUGACCUUUUUAUAUUAUUAGAUCUGUACCGAGUAAUUCUAAACAAGGAAUCUACUGAAAAAGAAAAAAUGUAAACAAAGCUCUGUAAAACCUGCAUAUUUCUCUUACUUGUGUACAUUUAUAUACGGAAAUGGUUUUCAUAAUGUGGCUUGAUUGUCAAUAACCAUAAAUAAGGGCCUUGAUAGCUGGCCUAAACAAUUACUAUGUACAAAACCUGUUUAUCCGAACACAGUGAGGGGAAAUGACGACAUGCAGCACCUUCCCUUUAAGUAUAAAUCUCUGAGUCUCGUCCAAGUAGAAAUAUGGUUUUGUUUUGUUUUUUAAACAGGAUUGGUGUGAAUAAGUUAAAAAUAUACAUCUAUAACAAUCCUUUUUGUCCUCAAAGCUGCAGUUGCGGAACUAACGUGGAGCACUGUCCAGUUAGCUCUCGUGACCGGUACAGUAUUCUACUCGCUGGAAUCUUGGGUGCGUUUGUUGCGUACUGAGACGUAUUGAGCGUUUGAAACCGAGUGCACGAGUCGCCUGGUAAAACAUACACAGUGCUGUUAGAUUUUCAAACGAAAUACGACAUAAAACAAAGGCAACCCGAGUAAAUACAGGUUUUACAGGUUUUGCCCCCCGUAGCAGCAAUAACCGCAACCAAUCGCGUCUGAUUACUAGAGAUCAGUCUUUCACUUAACUCUAGGACUAGGAUUUACUCUGACGCUUUGGAUCGUUGUCUCGCUGCAUAAUCCAGUCGCGCUUGAGUUUCAGCUUACAGACUGAAGACCAGAUAUUCUCCUCUAGGAUUUUCUGGUAGAGAGCAGAAUUCACGUUUCCCUCAAUUACUGCACGUUGCCCAGACCCUGAAGCAGCAAAGCAUCCCGACACCAUCAGAGCCUUUUCAAAUAGCUUUGUAACCCUUCCUAGACUGAUGUAUUUCAAUUUCAACUUCUUCCUCAUCAUUUCUGGAAUUUCUUUCAACUUUGGCACAUAGUGUGUUACUGAGGAAGAUCUUUUACCCAACGUCCUGCUGCUGAAAAAGAUCUAUUUAAGUGUUGAUGUGAUUGAACAGGGUUUGCAGUAAUCAGGCCUGGGUGUGUCUAGUCCAGCUGAACCCCAUUAUCAGUGCAUUGGGGGGUGGGGGGAAUACAUUUUCACACAGGCCCAGUUGGUAUCGGAUAGCUCUUUUGCUUCAAUAAAUAACGUUGUUAUUAUUUAAAAACUGUGUUUCGUGUUUACGCUGGUCGCCUUUGUUUCAUCUUAGAUUUCUGAAGCGGUUUAUUAUGAGACCUACGCAAAAACUGAAGAAAUCACAGCACUGUAGUUUUGUUAUUUAUACAACACGUAAAACCUGAACACGAAAGGAAUAUUCUAAAAGCGACUCAUGUAAACACCUUAAUCAGAAUAUUAUACGUCUUAUUCAGAAUAAGGCCGAUGAUUAGAUUAUCACUGUCCGGGUAAACGUCGUCAGUGUGACUCUUUUUUUUUUGUUUUGUUGUUGUUUUUGUUCAAAUUCUGUAGCUUGAAGAGCUAAUACUAAGCUACUGAAUAACAUUUAAUCCCGAUUGUAAACCCAAGGCCGUUACCGUCAGUCACAAACGUAUCCACUGUUUCAGUGAGUAGUUUGAGCAAUAGGGGGAAACCUGGAGAGGUGGGCAGUCGAGCAUGAUCGUCUCAGAGUUCAGAAGAGGUCACAGGAAGAGCAUACCACAAUAGAGCACUUCGUGCUCCACUUUUUACGUUCCUAUUGUCAGAUUAUAUUUUGUUUCAAGUACAGCAAGUUGAAUAUACUCUGAGACUGGAGGCGGUCAUGAGAGACUGUGCGAAAUGGCACAGGAAGUUGACUGGAAGGAGAAUAACGACAGGAGGAGGAGGAGGAGGAUAAUCGUUGCAACAGGAGAAUUAGAUUUUUGGAAAGGCACUGAUCCUUUACUGGUGCUCCAUUUAGUUUCUGAAUAAGUGGGCCGUUUAGUUUCCCCACUGGCCGGUUUCGUAGAUGACGAGACCGUCAGGUUUUAGGCGAGUUCCAGCCUGUGCAGGGAAUGCGCCAUGUUCAGAGGAGCAGAAGCCAUGUCAGUGUUGCAGCAGGCAGUAAAAUUCACUGCAUGUUUUUUAGUUUAUUAUUUGAUUUAUCCCCCCCCCCCCCCCGCGCCUCCCCAGGAGACUUUAAUAUUCAUUAUGAAAGUACUGCAUGUGCUAGUGUGUGUGUGUGUGUGUGUGUGUGUGUGUGUGUGUGUGUGUGUGUGUGUGUGUGUGCGUGUGGGUGGUUCUCCAAAUUAAUAUCUUUUUUUUUUUCUUUGAAAAUAUGUACUGAUUCUUUCUUUCUUUCUUUCUUUCUUUGUUUUUGUGCUAUCUACCUUUUUUUCCAAACUGUUCACAGCCAUAGAGACAGUCCGUCACGCUUUCUUACGCGCCCUGUACACUUACUUUUAAUGUUCUGUACACAAUGUACCAAAAUCAUGUUAUGGUGGUGUUCCAUUUAAUGGAGGAAAACGCACACAAAAAAAAAAACCACAGUGACAAUUUUUUGUUUGUUUGUUUGUUUGUUUUCAGACCUGUAAAUUUGAAUGACGUCUCAUUCCGAGUCGUAACUUGUACGUGUAUAUAGAAACGCCGAAAACGCUGGUUAAACUAAGAAGAUGGGUGUAAACGUUGCAGCUCGGUCUCAGUGCCAGUUCUCUAUCAAUCUGUCUAUUUGUCCUCACCGAGGGGGACGUCUGUCCGAUUGCUACCCGUUACGACGAGCUUUUCUUUGCACGGACUUUUGAAUUGUUCCAUCGGAGCGUUUGCUUUCCAGAGACGCACCGAAUGUUCUCCGAGUCAGGAGUUAUACUCGUGGUCGAGCAGAACAUCUGCUCAUAUGUUUGAGCACUUAAGCAUCAAGGUCACAUUUUGUGGUGUGUGUGUGUGGUUUUUUUUUUGGUUUGUUUUUUUUUUUAAAGUGUUUUUUUUUUGGGGUGGUGGCAAUAUGGCAUAUGUUUAAAUACGCAUUUAAAAACAUGAACUGGCCUUUUGUUUUGUUCAGGGUUUCUGAAAUGUGUCUUAUAUGCCAGGAUCUUACCGAGUAGUCACUUUUAGAGGUGCUCAGAGUUGUUGACAGGAGCUAGGAUUUAUUUACGAGUCGUGUUCUGCCAUUGGCUGUGGUUUGUGUAAGCAUGUACGGCAUGUAUUAAAGUGGAGAGGUAAAUAUUAAAUAGCUAUUUUAGGAACAACAUCAGGAGCUAUGGUGCCAAGUAUUGCCUAGUAAACAGGUUAAUGGCCCCCUUUGGUGUUUUACUGCUAGUUGGAUCUAUAAAGAUAAAUAAAGACUUGUACACGGGGCACGUUUGUGUGUGUACCCUGAAAAAGUGUGUUGGAUUAGCUAUGCCACCGUUUUGUGAGGCUACUCUAGUACACAUGGUUCCAGAAGGUUAGAUUAGACCUGUAGGAUAUAAUCCAUAUUUUAACACUGACUAAAACUAAAACUAAAAAAGUAAAAAUGAUGCUAGAGUAAUGAAGCUUUUAACAGAGUAAUUGCUUGUUCUCGGAUGAUGGCUGCAGGACGUUUGGGGAAAUUUGUGUAAAGUUAAUGGAACACGGAAAGGAUUUUGAAGUUCAUUUUUUAAAUAUAUUUUUAAACGAAUUAAUUAUUGUUCAUUUGGUUCUUUUUCUUAUCUUGGACGUUUUUUUUUUUUUUCCUCUGAAUGCUGAAGUGUUGAUGUGUUUUUGCGGCUUGGUAUCUAUGCAAACCUGCUCCUGUUGCUCUUGGUCUGAAACGGUUCAGCUUUUGUGUGCACACAGUAACGCUUAAACUUGGGGAAAUUCACCAAACCCCACCUUUUUUUCUUUUCUUUUUCUUUUCUUUUCUUUUUGUUCUUUCUUUAACUAUUCACAGAAAUGUAUGGGGAAAAAAAAAUGUAAAAUGAUGAAUGUUGCCCGGAAUAUUUUUCUAUAUAAAUCCAAUUGAGCUUCAAUCAAUAGGGGAAAUCAACGGUUUCACUUUAAAAUCUGUAAAACACUAAAAAAGGGAAUUUUUUUUUUUUUUUUUUUUUAAUUCAUUUAUAAAUGUUUUACUUGGCAAUACCGAAGAUGUCUCAGCCUUCAUUUAAGCUCGUUGGUUUUGUUGUGCUUGUCGUUUUUGUUGUUGUUUUUUGUGUGUUUCAGUUCAGACACAUCUGUAUGGUUCAAUACAAAACCUAACAUCUAGGGAAAAACAAUCAGUGCCUCGUGUUACAUGGCGUACAGCACACAAAAUGAUUCACCGCUUGCUCGCCAUGUAUUUUUAUAUUUAUUUUCGUUUGUCCACCCCUCCCCUCACCUUCCCAUCCGUCCAUCAUCUUAAACUCUCCACUUCUGUCUCUCUCCUCGUCGAUCAGCGGUAGUAGGGCGUGUUCUUCGUACCACCGGUAUCGAGGAGCUCGGCACGUCUUCCCGGUCGUCCCCCUGACCGCAGAACAAACGCGGCACUGAGCUCAUCCGAGACCCGCGUGGACACGUGACGAAUUGGAAACGCCGGGGUGAAAACGGACAGAGGUAUCGAACUUGAAGCGGACACUCCAGCACUGUAAAUCCUGCCUUAGCACUUUCCUGAAACGGUCCCUGUGGUCUUUCUCUGUGUAAACAGAAGCUUAUUGUUGGAAUGGGAGAUUAAAAAAAAAAAAAGGAUAAAUACGGUGUUUGUGAUUUGCCUGCUCAUAAGAACAGAGUUUAAUUCCAUUGUUCUGGUGAAUAUUGGAUACGUAGCGCUCUUGUAGAAAUCAUUCAUAGUGAUAGGGAGGGGGAAAAAAACUCCCGAAACGAGGUAUUUCCCAAAACUAAAGCACGACCCAUUUACGAGCGUGAUUUUGAACGGUCAUGGCUCAGGCCCAAACCGGAAUGUUUCCAAGCAAGGUUCUUUUACGAGUUGGAAGCGGUUUCGGAUUUCUUUUCGGAGAAAAAUAAACGAGAUGCAAGCGGUGUAGGCGUGAUGAUGGGAAAUUAUAAGCACAUCUGGAACAGCUUCCCUGUUUUGGUAUUUAGUUCUUCUGCUUAUUAAAGGGUCAUGAAACACUAAACUACAUUUUCUGAGAUUUUAGCAGUGGUGUUUGUGGCGCACGUCAUAAAAGACGACGUUAGCAAUUUGAAUUGUAGGAGAAAACGGGUUCAUUUUGAGCCUUUUUCUGCUAUUUACGUCUUCAGGCAGCGACGUGGCGAUGUACUAUAGUACUCCGAUGACGCGUCGGCGUCUCAUAAUUAUUCACGAGACUGCGUGUUCUUGUCCUAUGAGAAGACGCCGUCUCUUAAUUAUUCAUGACGGCACGUGGUGCUUUCCUUUGACGGACGUGUGACACUAAGAUCACGUGGUAGAUGAGCGGUGUUUAUGGGUCACGGGUGUUUGUUUCAGUGGUGUAAGAGUUCGAGUGUGUUGCAUGGCUUUCCCCACGAUGCUGCCAGGGUUAGACUCUUGGUUGGUUGGUUGGCCAUCAACUACCGACGCAUCGAAAUUGUUCAUGCGUAGCAAGCAUUUUUUUCUCGGGAGAGCUAGGAGAAUUGGAGAAAGGUGGACUUCGGGACUUGCUCAUGAAAGCAGUUUGCGUUUAGACAACGAUGUGGUGCCAAGUCCCGAGGACUUUUCCGUCCUUUCAGAGGAGUUACGUGUCUAAUUUAUAACCGUAACAGUUUUACUCGCCCUUUGUGCUAAUUAAACACGCGUUAUAAAAAUUUGAGUUCUUUCGGUAAUACCUCAAUUGUACAGAACGUAUGCUUAUUUCGGUUAAUUACUCGUGUGUAUAUUUUGAUAUUUUUGUAUAUAUUUUAUAUCAUACAUUUAAAGUAGUUUGGGGAAACUCUUUGGAAAUGAAUAUAUCUGUACUGUUUAUUGAGUCCUGCCCUGAAUAAUCUAUUGCACAUAACAG